AUGGUGCUUUCCAGCUGGCUAAAAUCCAAAGCUCCACCAAAUGUCAAACAAAUCCAUUUAAUAUUUCCUGUGCCAGGGCACUCGUACAUACCCCCUGAUCGAGUGUUUGGUCGCAUAGCAAAAGUUGUUAAAAAAACGCACACUAUUGUUAAACCAGACGGAUACGAAAAUAUUUUAUCAGAAUUUGUGUCAGUGUUCCGCUUGGGAAUUUCUGUUGAAGUUGCAGAUUGGAAAACAGAGAUAUCCAAUGUUACUAAGGCACCAGCUCAAUGGCACUUCAAGUUUGCCCCAUGUAAACGUAUUCUAAUUAAAAAAAAUCCGACUGGAUCAAUAGAUAUUCAAGGUGAAGCAAGUUAUCGAAGCGAUCUGGGAUCAUUUAAAUCGAUCCUCAAAAGAAGAAAGACUCUGAACAAUAUCUGCCCUGAAAUAAUCCCGAAAGGUCAAAAUAUAAAUAUUUUAAAGCUGAAUGAUUGCGACAAACUCCUUAUGAAGCAUUUUAGAGAAACUUGGAGAGACUUACCCGGUCUUCAGUUCUAUAUAAAUGUCAUCGACAGUAAUAAUAAUAUUCACAACCCAUCUGAGAGAGAGGAAGAACAGUGCGAAGAUGAGUAUUUAGAUUUAAGAGUUUAG